AAACGGUUUGAGCUGAACGGCGCGCUGUUGAAAAAAAAGGAAUAACAUAGAUAGUUGCUUUUGCAUUACAUGCAAAGCUAUCAUCAACUAGAAACGGCAAUUUCUGGAGAAAUUACUAUGGGGCUUUACUGUGGGAGAUACAGAUCUUGCUACGCCCAGGUUGAUUUGGGGACAAUAUCAGGUCAAUUCCUGUUGAUUUUGGGACAUUUGGGGGACAUGUCCUGGUCAUAUCUAUUGAUUUGGGGACAUUUGGGGGACAUGUCCUGGUCAUGACAGGUCAAUUGGGGACAUUUGGGGGACAUGUCCUGGUCAUAUCAGGUCAUUUGGGGGACACGUCCUUGUCAUAACAAGUCAUUUGGGGAUAUUUGGGGGACAUAUCCUGGUGAUAUCAGGUCAUUAGGGGACAUUUGAAGGACAUGUCCUGGUCAUAUCAGGUCAUUUGGGGGACAUGUCCUGGUCAUAUCAGGUCAUUUAGUGUACACAUGUCCUGGUCAUAACAGGUCAUUUGGGGACAUUUGGGGGACAUGUCCUGGUCAUAUCAGGUCAUUUGGGGACAUUUGCGGGACAUGUGCUGGUCAUAUCAGGUCAUUUGGGGAUAUUUGGGGGACAUGUCCUGGUCAUAUCAGGUCAUUUGGGGACAAUUUUCCGGGGCCAUUCUAAAAAAUUCCUGCGUCGUGCGAAAAUUCCGGUUGUUUUGAUACUUGAACGGUGCCGAUCGGUCCAAAGGUUCGUGCUGUGCGGCACGCUGAAAAAACACGGAGAGUAUAUUGAAUAAAAGAAACGGCAUAAUAAAGUUGCAGAACAACAUUAUCUGGGACUUAGCAAGACAAAGAUGCCAUUAUAUGAUAAAUCACUUGCACCUGAAUUUUUGCGACUGACUAAGGUGGCACAAACGGACUUCUAGAAACUGACCAUUGAUUUACUUCCACACGACGACACACCUGAAAGAAAAUGGCUGCGAUGCCUGUUGUUGAACACUAGAUGUCGCCACAAAGAUGGCAAGAAAAAAAAUUUGGAUUUCAAGCCACCACUAUGACCUCAUCGAGCCGUUGUGCUUUUGGUUAUCCACAGCAAGGAAGACAGUUAAAAACAAAAAUAGUUAACUCAUUGACUACCACUGACGGCUAUUAACGUCGAAUCCAUCCAAACCGUCGUUGCAAACUCUCUUGGUUCAAGUGGAUUAGACGUCUAUCGCCGUCCAAUGUCAGCCAAUGAUUUAAAAAGUUAAAAGUAAUGUAAACAUUGAAAAGUCACACAGAAAAUAAAGAAAAACAGGCGAGAGGGCCUUUUCCGGGUUUAGUCAGGUGACAGUUACCUGCGAGUGGAAGGGCGGGGCACCUUUGCGCUCCAGUGCAUGCGCGCGUGCGUGACGCGCUCAUGUGCAGGAAUGCGAGUGGUAUCCUCCCAGCCGGUUUGGCGGCCGUCUGUGAGCUCCACCCGCGUAGGAACCGACCGAGGGGGCCGGGCCCAGCAAGUCCCGGCGGCGAGGCGAGACGGCUCCUUCUUCCUUUCCCGACUGCCGCUGCUCACGCGCCGCUGCUCACUCGGAACUGAAAGUCACAAGACCGCCGGCAAACAUGGAACAAGCUCAAGAUGAGCCCCAGCAGCAGGAGCAAGAGAAGCAGGACGCUCCACCUCCAGGAGAAGUCUCAGAAGCAACCCCAGAUGAGGAAACCAAAGGGGGAACCCCAGAGGGAAGCGCCCAAGUGGAACAAGUUCCUGAUGAAAACUUGGAGUCGUCGUGCGAGGACGUUUUGGACGAGGACGCAGUGGUGUGCGACUCGUGCAUGGAGCGCCCGCGACGGGCUGUCAAGUCGUGCCUGACGUGUUUGGUGUCAUACUGCGAGGAGCACCUGCGCCCCCACCUGGAGAACGCCAAGUUCCACAACCACCGCCUGCUGGAGCCGCUGCGCGACAUCGAGCGCCGCACCUGCGAGCUGCACAAGCGCCCCCUGGAGGUCUUCUGCCCCGCCGACGCAUGCUGCCUCUGCCCGGACUGCGUCGGAGACGAGCAUCGCGGUCACAACACCGUCCCUGUGGCUGAAGCACGCCGGCGGGUUGAGAGGGAGCUGAAGGACAAACGAGGCGAGAUGAGCAAGACGGUGACGGCGGCGGAGAAAGCCAUCGACAAGCUGCAGCUCAACGCCGUCUCCAUCCAGAACUCUGCCGGCGCGGUGCGCGACGUCAUCCAGGCCCAGUUUGAGCAGUUGCGGGCGGCGGCCGAGGCCGCGCGGCGGGAGGUCAGCGACAUCCUGGAGGCCGAGGAGAAGCAAGCCCUGCGGCAGGCCGACGGCAUCCGCGCCCACCUCGAGCGCCGCUGCGCCGAGCUCAAGGAGACGCAGACGCGGGUGGACAAACUCUCCAGGAACAAGAACGACGUCGACUUCCUGCAGGAGUACUGCGAGUGGAAGAAGGAAGCGUCUGACACUUCCCUGCCCGGCGUCUACAUCGGGCUGAUGGAUCGGCUGGACUCGGUCAGCCGCGUCAUCUCCGAUGCCACGCGGGACCUCUGCGCCGCGCUGGCCACGUCCUAUGUGGACAAGGUCAAGGAGACGUGCAACACGGACAAAAUGGGAAUCAAAACGACGGUGCAAGCCAUUGUAGCGGCAAAACACAGCAGCAGCGUUCCCGAACCCGUCACGAGAGACGACUUCCUCAAGUAUGGCGCUCAUGUGAGUUUCGACGCGGACACGGCCCACGUUUUCCUACGUCUGACGGAAGAGAACCGCAAGGUGACCAACACCACGCCCUGGCAGCACCCCUACCCGAACUUGCCCGAGCGCUUCGAGGAGUGGCGACAGGUCCUUGCGCUCCAGAGCUUCUACUUGGGCCGGCAUUACUUCGAGGCUGACAUCGGCGGUGAGGGCACGCACGUCGGUCUCACCUACAAGAGCAUCCAGCGCAAAGGCGGCGACAGUAAUGGCUGCAUCACCGGCAACAACUUCUCCUGGUGCCUUCACUGGAACGGACGAACCUUCUCCGCCUGGCAUAGCGGCGUCGAGACGCCGCUCAGCGUGGGAAAGUUCACACGUGUCGGCGUGUACGUGGACUCGCCCAGGGGCCUCCUGGCCUUCUAUGGCGUGGACGAAGACAUGACCCUCAUUCACCGCUACCAGGCCGAAUUCCUGGAGCCGCUUUAUCCCGCCUUCUGGUUGUCCAAGAAGGAGAACGUGGUGGUUCUGGUGCCGCCCGGUGAGCCCUUGCCUCUGAAGAGCCCCUCUCCUCCCACGUCGCCCGCAAACGCCAUUCCUCUUCCUUAAAGGUCUUUCCGGAAGUGCGCGUGACAGGAAGUGUCCGGUUAUUUAUGUCCCUGUCCUGCGCAGAAUGACCAAGAAGACUUGUCCAUACUUCCAAGACAAACUCAAGAAAUAAAGUAUAUAUAUUUUUGCAUAUAAAUGUUUAACAUGUCAAGGUUAUUCAUUCAUGACUGAAAAACAGUCAAUUUCAAGAUUAUACAAAUAAAAAUAGUUUUUUCCCUUUUCUACAUUAUUUGUUUUUUUCCCACUUUUACGACUCAACAUGUCACUAUUAUGUAUUGUGCCAAAUAAACAGAAUCUUGACAAGAUAUAAUAAUACUGGAGGACAAUGCUGAUCAGGAAAACAAGGUUAAUUUUUUUUUCAGGUCUCAAUAUUUUCUUUUGUUAUAAAUCAUUUAACAAGUAAACAGAUUUUACGAUUUAGGUUUUUAUUGAUAUUUCUUAGUUUCCUUAGUAAUUGUUAUUUAUUCACAAAGCAGUUUGUGUUGCCGUCAUCGUUACGUAAUGACGAAGCACGCAUAUGUCACGUGAGCGCCUCAGUCACAUGACGCGUCUUCCAAUUCUUUACCUGGAA